UGGCAUUAAGAAUGCACUUGAGGCAGUUGGGGAGGUAGGCAGCUCCUGCGGGGCUGCUGGCUGCACCCCUUCUGUCCGCUCAGCAGCGGGAAGCACUUUCCCCAAAGGACAUCAGUGCAAGCCUGAAUAAGAAAAACAAUUUCUUCCUCCUAAGCCAUGGCAUAUCAGUUAUAUAGAAAUACCACUUUGGGAAACAGUCUUCAGGAGAGCCUUGAUGAGCUCAUACAGUCUCAGCAGAUCACUCGCCAACUUGCCCUUCAAGUUCUACUUCAGUUUGAUAAGGCUAUAAAUUCAGCAUUGGCUCAGAGGGUCAGGAACAGAGUCAAUUUCAGGGGCUCUCUGAAUACAUACAGAUUCUGCGAUAAUGUGUGGACUUUUGUAUUGAAUGAUGUGGAAUUCAGAGAGAUGACAGAACUUAUUAAAGUGGAUAAAAUGAAAAUUGUAGCCUGUGAUGGUAAAAAUACUGGCUCCAGUACUACAGAAUGAAUAGAAAAAAAUGGCUUUUUUAUGCCAUCAUGUUAUUAUUCAUCACUUUUGAAGAGAAGCAUAGAAGAGACUUUUUUAAAUUUGUUCUAGCAUUGCAACAAUGAUUACACUGUGCUGUCAGAGAAUUCCACUAGAAAGAAGCUUGCAACUUUGUAGCCUCUCACAUUAUCUUCACUAAACUGCAUGAAGAAACAGAACUUUUUUUUUAAUGACAAAUCAAAUCUUGCCUAAGAACAUUCUUUAAUAAACUCAUUUUAAAACUCAAAAAAAAAAAAAAAAGAAUGCACUU